UUUCGACCCACAGGCCUGAGCGUGCAAGGCUGCCAACCGGGUCACAGCGGGGGAGCGCCGGCCGCAAGAGGAGAGGCAGAGGCGGGCACGGCCCCGGAGACAACGAGGCCCCGCUCAGUGUUCGGAUACGAGCCCAGGACCCGACACCCUGUGCGGACCCCACACCUCGAGGCGACCCGAGGGAGAACAAGGGCGGGAGACCCGGAGUCGCUACCAACGUUCCAGCUGGGCUGGGAUUCGUGUCAGGCGGCUGGCAGGGUGUCAGCAGCGACCACGCACUUCGGUGUGAGAGCCGGCCGCGCACGCUCCCGCCAGCCUCCACGCCACACCCUUCCGGGCUUCCCGGCUCGUCCGAGCGGCGCCCCCGGAAGCCCCAACCCCCGCCUGACCCGACUUCCCAGGUCUCCCACGGCGCCGCCACCGCCCUCCCGGAAGUCCCUCCUCCCGGCUCUGGCCGCUCUGGCCCGAGCGGGCCCUUCUCGCUGGUGGGCUGGGCGCCGCCCCGCCGCACGGCGCUCUUCCGGCCGCCAGGGGCGCGGAGGCCGUGCCAGGGCCCCUCUGGCCCGCGGCGGCCGCUCUACUGCUCCGCGGCGCGGUCCCUUCCGGUGCCGAGGCCACCGCCUCCGGGCUGUUCCCCCGGCAACGGCUCGGAACCGUUCCCCCGGCAACGAGCGGCGGGCGCAGUCCCCGCAGCCCCCGCAGCCAUGGACGCGCUGUCCGGCGCCGGGCCUCGCCGGGCUCGCGGCCGCCUGGGCGCGGCGUCCCCCGGAGCGCGGGCUGCGGCGGCGCCCUGGGCGCGCUUCUCGGCCUGGCUGGAGUGCGUGUGCGUGGUCACCUUCGACCUGGAGCUGGGCCAGGCGCUGGAGCUGGUGUACCCCAGUGACUUCCGGCUCACGGACAAGGAGGUGGGUCCUGGCCCUCCUGGGAGCAGACGUGGCCCUGAAUUGAGCCGGCCCUCACCCAGUUUCCUGUGUUUCAGAAAAGCAGCAUCUGCUACCUGUCCUUCCCUGACUCCCACUCAGUGUGGCGGACAGAAGAGUCCAUGGCAUGCCGAGGACCAGCACUACAACAGUGGGGCGCCCAUGUCGUUGCAAAGGGAGCCAGCACACUACUUUGGCUACGUGUACUUCAGGCAGGUGAAGGACAGCUCCAUGAAGAGGGGCUACUUCCAGAAGUCCCUGGUGCUGGUGUCCCGCCUGCCCUUUGUCCGGCUGUUCCAGGCGCUCCUGAGCCUGAUUGCCCCCGAGUACUUCGACAAGUUGGCCCCCUGCCUGGAAGCGGUGUGCAAUGAGAUUGACCAGUGGCCAGCCCCUGUGCCCGGGCAGACCCUGAACCUGCCUGUUAUGGGAGUCGUCCUCCAGGUGAGGGCUGGCCGUCUGGGGAGGAGAGGCCCCAGGUUCACAGAGACACCCAUGCCCAUCUGGCAGCUACUCCCUUUCGUCCCCCAGGUUCACGUCCCGUCCAGGGUGGACAGGCCUGAGCACAGUCCUCCGAAGCAGUGUAGCCAUGAGAACCUGCUGCCCGCCCCCGUGGUCCUCACCAGCGUCCACGAACUGGACCUAUUCAGGUGCUUCCAGCCUGUGCUGACCCACGUGCAGACUCUGUGGGAGCUUAUGCUCCUCGGGGAGCCCUUGGUGGUCCUGGCACCCUCGCCCGCCAUGUCCUCAGAGAUGGUGCUGGCCUUAAUCAGCUGUCUGCAGCCCCUCAAGUUCUGCUGUGACUACCGCCCCUACUUCACCAUCCAUGACAGCGAGUUCAAGGAGUUCACCACGCGCACGCAGGCCCCACCAAACGUGGUUCUGGGAGUCACAAACCCUUUCUUUAUCAAAACACUCCAGCAUUGGCCCCACAUCCUCCGUGUUGGAGAGCCCAAGAUGUCAGGGGAUCUUCCUAAGCAGGUCAAGCUGAAAAAGCCCUCUAGACUGAAGACGCUUGACACCAAGCCAGGCCUCUACACCACGUACUCGGCCCACCUCCACCGGGACAAGGCACUGCUCAAGCGGCUGCUCAAGGGGCUGCAGAAGAAGAGGCCCUGGGACACACAGACAGCUCUGCUGAGACGGCACCUCCUGGAGCUCACGCAGAGCUUCAUCAUCCCCCUGGAGCACUACAUGGCCAGCCUCAUGCCCCUGCAGAAGAGCAUCACACCCUGGAAGGUGCGGAUCCAGACUCCUCCCCAGAUCCGCCCUUUCCGCCAGGACGACUUCCUGCGUAGCCUGGAGCACGCCGGGCCCCAGCUCACCUGCAUCCUCAAGGGCGACUGGUUGGGCCUCUACAGGUGGGUGGAUGGCAGGCGGUUUUUCAAGUCCCCCCACUUUGACGGCUGGUACCGGCAGCGGCACAAAGAGAUGGCCCAGAAGCUGGAGGCCUUGCACCUUGAGGCUAUCUGUGAGGCGCAGAACAUCGAGACUUGGAUGAAGGACAAGUCUGAGGUGGAGGUCGUGGACCUGGUCCUGAAACUUCAGGAGAAGCUGGUGCAGGCGCAGGGCCACCAGCUCCCGGUGAAGGAGACAACACUAGAGCGGGCACAGCUGUACAUCGAGACGGUCGUCGGCUCUUUGCCCAAGGACCUGCAGGCUGUCCUGUGCCCUCCCUAGGACAGGGCCAAGGGGCGAGGCCCAGGGGCCCGGGUCUGGCCAAGCUUCCUUGUCCUCGGUGAGCGGUGGCCCCAGCCAGGCCCGAGCUCCCGACCCGAGCUCCCUGCAGCCGCUGUCUGGCCGUGGCCCCCCCGUCGGCACGCAUGUUGUUUCAGCAGUAAAGGUGGCAUUUGGAACCACAGCCUGGCCCCUGACUGUUGGCGGAUCACGUGCUGGCCAGAGCCUUACCCCCCCCUGGGUCCCACCUGCCUGCUGCAGGGCCCCAAGGCUGGGAGGCGGGGCUGGCUGGGCACAGGGCCACCCGCCCCCUGUGGUGCCCACCUGCCCAAGCCCUGGGGCCCCAGGCCUGUAUUUGAUGUGUACUUUAGCCCCACCAGGCCGCCCAGCCCAAGACGGAAGGAGGCAGCUGUUGGGCGGACACCUCUUCUCACAUGGCCAGCUCCCCGUCUGGCGGGGUGCGGGGGGACCAGGAUGCUUGGCUCUUAAGGUCAUUGGCUGGGGCGGGGCAAAGGCCUGUUUGCGGGCGGAGCUCUGCCCUGUACUUCGUUGGGAGGCUGCCAGGAGGGUCUGGGGCAUCGUCCGGGGUCCCACUCUUGGAGCACCCCGCCGGCCCCCUCCCGUGUGCUCUGCCCAGUGCUGCUGCUUGUCUGACAGGCACUCGAGCUGCCUCCCUCCCAUGUGUCCAUCCACCCCCACGUGCAGCCGGAGGGGUUUGGACUCUAGACUUGCUGGAGGCCCUCAGCCGCAGCCCUCCUCAGCUGCCGCAGCCUGGAGCAGCAGGCUCCUCGGCACGGAGCGGGAGGGCCCUCAGAGGUGCUCACCCCCCAGUGCGGCACCGUGCCGUGCUGGGCCCAGCGGAACCCAGUGGCUUAGCACAGGGUGACGGCAUCGUCAGCCAGUGGGAGGGUGGGCGUGCGACGCGAACCCAGCGUUGUGAGCCUGCAGGUAAGUCUCCCGACCUCCAGCCUCACCUCAGACCCCUCAUCUGAGCGGCGAGGCUCUGUGGGUGCCUGACCGGGCUCUGCCCCACGACGCCUGAACAGGGCUCGGCCGUCUCCCUGCGCACAGGCCCGGGGAGGUGCCAGCCCUGCUCUUGAGUGGCUGCAGAGGGUGCUCACUGGCCGUGGCUCUCCCUGCGCUGAGCUUGGCAGGGCCACGGGGUGUAUGGCGUGGCUCUCAGAAACGCUGCUUUCGACUCGUCCACCUGACAGUGGCCUAGGACAGCCUGUCUGAGCCCCAUGUGGGGCAGGGUCCGAGGGCAUGGCUUUUAAUGGAACAGAACAGAAUAGAGCCCGACAGGGGCAGUGGACCCAGGUUUGCAGACGAAACAGGCUGGAGCUGGGGAGUGGGGGGCCCCAUGUUGGCCCAAGAUGCCACUCUGGGCAGCCUGCCCUGGCUGUCUGGUGUGGAGGGGUGACCUCCUCACCUGGGGCGUGGUCUUGAAGAGGGUCUGCAAAGAUGCCAGCACCUUUCUUGUGGCUGGCUGGUACGUGUGCGUGCCCUCUAGGGCCAGGGCCAGUCCCAGGCCCCCCGAGCGCUGUGGCUGCAAGGUGUGUGGGAGGCUUGGGAAGUUGACCUGGGCCCCGCUCACAACGGUGACCCCAGACAUCACUCUAGCUUGUGCUUGAGUGUCCAAGCACUGGGCAGCCACUUCACGUGGUUUUCGGAGGUCUGCUGCAGGGAAGGGGCUGUGAGGGGGUCUCCUCCAAGCUGCCAGGGACCUUGGCCACCAUCAGUCCAGGAUGGCCCAACCAGGUUCCCCCAAUCCCCCGAGUCCCCCUCCUGGGGAUUUGAGGGCUGUGGUUGGGGCCCCAUGGCUGUCCCUCACAGCAGUUCAUCCUAAGGACCACUGUGGGCAGGAGCUCUGGGGAGGGACUCUGGGCAGGGUGGGCAACGCGGCCCAGGGUGGAGAACCCAAGGCUGAAAUGGAGAGGUGUGAGGGAGCAUGUCUCCUGGAGUGCCUGGAGCCAUGAAGGGUCCGUCUUCCUCACAGCCUGACCUCUCUGCACAGAGGUAGCUUCGGGUGGGGGCUCCGUGGGAGCCGGGCAUGAAGUCCUGCCGGCUCCAUUGUGUCCCCCACGAGCUCCCUUGUUCCCUCCUGGGAUCAGGCCAGCCCUGAUUUGGCUGAGUUUCUGUCCCCCAGCAGGACCGCAGCAGACAGUGAAGGGGAGGGGGCAGGAGGGCCCCCAGAGGCAGGAGCCAACUGGUCCAAGAGGGUGUUGUGCUUGCUCGCUGAGACCUCUUGAGGUUGGAGGGGCUGUGUGCUUGUGGCCGUGGAGGACUUGUCAGCCACACCAGGGACAGGAAGGACAGUCCUCACCCCCAUGCUUCCUGUGCUUUAUUUAAAGAUUCCCUUUUAGUCUGGGAUAGUGGCCUUCCCACAUUUCUGGUAUUAAAAUGUCCUUCAGUGACAA